UAGAGGCCCUAGCUUUCCGCGAUUCCGCGAUUCCGCGAAAAAUCACGGAAUUAACGUUUUUUCGCGGAAAUCCAAAAAAAAAUUAAAAAACGUUGCUUUUGGGGGUUGUUUCUUCCAAAAGAUGGCGCUACACGUUUCCAAAACGAAAGUUUAAGUGAAAGGUGGCAAAACGUGACGGAAAAGUAGUAUUUUCUUAUUAGUUAAUGACAAAACGGUUUCUAUUUCCUCAUCGUCUUUUACUGUCGAAGAAAUUAAAUUUUAUAUUCGAAUAUUCUAACCUUAUCAAUAAAAAAAGAAAGAUGCCUAGGUGGCGCAGCCGCCAACCAUAGCCGUCAACCGAGUCAAAGGGCUCGGCCGUAGCCGUAGUCAUCAAUCCAUCCAACGUUCGCGCAACGAAACGUAGGGACUGUCGACUGUCGCAACGGACGCAACAGAAAGUGCGCAAUUUUUUUCCGUUUUUGCUUUGUUUCCGAGUUCGUGAUCGACAUGGCUCCCUCAGGGUCUCAUUUAAGCAAAAAGACAGCCAAAGAACGUGCUCGAGAAUACAAGCACGCCAGCUUUUACGAAGAUGGAGGAGUCCUUUUUUGCCGAGCUUGCGCGAGAGCAGUUGACUAUCGUCGCAAGUCGACUAUUGACGAGCACAUCCAGAGCAACCGUCAUCGUAAGAAUGCCGAAACAAGAGACUCUUCCAAGCGAAAAAGUGGCGAAGAACCAUCAGAAGACGUCGCUGGGGGCUCAGGAACACCGAGAAAGCAAAGUCGACUGCAGACGCUGGAAUCGGCAAUGACCGCUGGCGAGGCGAGGCACGACAUUGUGCUCAAAUUCCUGGAUGCAUUGAUAUCUGCAAAUAUCCCCCUAGAGAAGGUGGACAAUCCGAAACUGAGAACGUUUCUACAGACACACGUACGGAACGGCGGGUCGGUGCCUGGAUCUGAUGCGCUCCGCCGACGACUUCCAGAAUUGUUCGAGAAGCAUGAGACAGCGUUGAAAGCUAUGUUUCAAGGUACCACGGUGUCGGUAGUUAUUGAUGAAACCACCGAUGACCGAUCAAAAUCGGUUGUGAAUGUGCUGUUCGUCCAGUCAGCCAGAAGUGCGAGAGCUUCGCUACAACCUGUACUGGUGGAAGUUAAAUUCGUGGAUGAAGUGAACUCGUCCGUGAUAGGCCGCAUUGUAACGAGGACACUGACGAAGUACGGAAUUGAAUUCGAGGACGUGACGGGCUUUGUAAGCGAUAACGCUGCUUAUAUGGUGAAGUCCUUUAAGGAGUGCAUAAAGCCACUUUGCGAGUGUGCUGUUCACAUUACGUGUGUAGCACAUACAGUAAACAUUGUCGGCAGCACAUUGCAGGCAUCUUUUCCCUUGGUGGACAAAUUUGUCGCCUGUAUGAAGAAGGCCUUCCGUCUGUCGAGUAGGAAGAGAGCUUUCUACAAAGCUCAUCUGGAGAAGUGUGGGGUUGAGUGUGCCAAAACACCUCCAGCGCCUGUCAAAAGUAGGUGGAAUUCGUGGAUUGAAGCUGUUGAGCAGCAUUCUGCUUACUUUGAGCACUAUCCUUCUUUGCUAAGGCAAGUCUAUGAAAAGUAUGGAGAUGCAGCGUGUGUUGAUUCUCUUCUGGAACUUUUGAAUGAACACUCGAUUGAGCUUAAGUACUGCAUGCGAUGCAUUGCAGUGUUUGGCAAAAAAGUUGCAAGCCUGCUGAAAGCAGCAGAGGGUCAGCGUGUAGCCUGCCACAAAGCGUACAAUGCUUUGUUUACACUUUGGGGAUAUUUGGAAGCAGCUGCACAGGAAGAUUUUGAAACACAGCUGAAGAAAGAAAACAUUGCACACGACGAGGCCCAUCGGAUUGCAAACAAAAUGAAGGCUGCAAUGAGUAAAGCGGCUAGCAAAGCUUUAGUAUAUUUGGAGAAGUCUGACACUUGGAAGUUCUUCAAGAGUGUGAGGUGCUUGGAUCCUCUGCAAAUCGGGUGUCUCUCGGAGAAGAGAUCAGAGUUUGCAGGUGUGCCUGGACUUGGGGAGGACUCACUGGCCCUAGCUGCUGAAUGGCAAGUUUACCUGAAGUCCGCCCAAGAACUCAAAUCAAGUGACAGGGACUUGGCACCAUUUCUUUCUAAACAAGAAAAGCCAGGUGAAGAUUUUGAUGUUCUGGCUUUCUGGGCAGGGAUGGAACCCCUGACUCCAACACUUUCUUCCAUUGCCCUUAAAUACCUGUCAAUGCCAAUCAACUCAGUUGAUGCAGAAAGGUCGUUCAGUCGAUACGGUGACAUUGUGUCCCACAAGCGACACUCCCUCAGUGAAGAGAGUACCAAGCACCAUUUGAUGCUCAGUCACAACAGCUUCCUUUUAAUUUGAUGCAAGCAAGCAUCAGUGUUUAAUAACGUUCAAUAAAUAAACUGUUACAUGUA